AUGCCGUUGCCCUACCGCAGCGCCCAGGCCGUCAAGAUCCAAGGGGGUACGGUGCCGGUCAAGCCGGAUAAGCAGGCUCUGCUGGACGGCGUAAAGGCAGCGUAUACGCAGGCCAAGCAGAACGCGGAUGCCGCCGCGGCGGCGGCCGAGGAUGUUGCCAACGCGAUGAAGCAGUUGGAGGAUGACGAGGAGCUCGCGCUAUUAAGAACCGACAACAAAGCCGCGAUCAACGCCUUGAAGGCCGAGGAAGCAAAGAACGCACUGAACAUGCUGCACCCGGACACUCUGGACACCGCGGCGGCGCCGAUGGGUAACCUCAAGGUCAUGCCGACCGACAUCCUGCCGUAUGCGUUGUGCGACCUUGACUGGGUGAACGAGAUGAAGAACGUAACCAUGGCGGACGGCCGGCCGUAUCUCACCAUCUACAACCACGGUCAGCUGGUGCCCUUCUGCAUGUGGUGGACCAUCUCGCGCUUCCCCGAGUUCCAGGGCCAGCUUGCGGCGAGCGAGAUGCCGUGGAAGGCCGUCCCGGACGAUGACGGCCACGUCCUCGGCCGGCCCUUCGCUCCCCAGCCCAUGCUCGCCUCGCCGUUCCAGAACUUCCCCCUCGCGUGCGGUCUGAGCAAGUGGGUCGCGUUGGCGGUCGAGAUCAUCAUCACCUUGAUGGAGCUGCUCUACCUCGACACGAUCCUCAUGCAGCGCUUCUACCAUUCCUCCAAUUCGAAUUACUUCGAGUCCAAGACGAUGUACCGCAUCCUGCUGCGCUCCCUCGCCAAGACGCGUGAGGGGGGGGGCGUUGCGUACUGCACCCUCGUCACAUGGGCUGUGCUUGCUGAAAUCGGUAGCGUCGUGUUCCCGGCUUACAUCACCUUUAUGGCGCCGGUGAUCUUCCACGUCGUCUACUCGGGCGAGGCUCUCCACUUGGUGCAGUUCGCCGCGUGCCUGACCGAGGAGCAGCGCGACCUCACCACCAAGUUCGUGCAAGGACAUCGCGCGAAGGCGGAGAUCCGCGCUGUCAACCAGGCGUAG